GAAAAAGAAAAAGAAAAAACAAAAUCUUUUUGAUAAUUAAAUAAAGGAAUGCUAGAUUAUUAGUAAUUUUGUAGUACUUUCAUUUUAUUUUUUUCAGUUCUCUCUCUCUCUUCUUUCCUUCCUUAUCUCUUUGGUCCUCCUUCUUUACACGUUUUUUUUUUUUCGAGUGUGAGUACUAUAGAUAGAAAUCUCUGGGUUGAGGGUAAAAUCUAGAGGGUGUCAGCAUCUAGGUUUUGGCGGCGGCGGCUGUUGGUGGCAGUAGUAAUGGUAUUGAUGGUAAUAGUGUGUUGAAGGUAGGAAAGAAAGGAGAAAGAAAUGUUGUUUAAUAGUAGUAUUUGAUUGAAAAUUGAUCAAAAUCUAAUACAUAUAAACUACGUAGUAUAUAAUAUAGUAUGGUACAGUAGAGUACAGAGAGGAAAUAUGAAAUGUGUGCGAGAGAGAGAGAGAGAAAGAGACAGAGAAAGUGAUAUUUAUUUGAUAGGGUGAAGUGAAGUCAGCUAUCUUUCUUUUUUCUAAAUCCACGGCCAAUAUUAGUAAUAGUAACUUGAAGAAGAAGAAGAAGAAGAAGAAGAAGAAGAAAGAGUGUGUGUAGUGUGUAGAGUUGAGAGUUGAAGUCAAAGGUGCAACUAGUAGUGGUGGUGGGUGGGUGGGUAAUCUAUCAGACUCGGUUAUGGGGUCGGAGCAGAAUAGAUUCCCUCAGCAGCAACAGCAGCAGGAACAACAGCAGAGCAAGAGAUGGGGAAAAUGCUGGGGGGCAUUGUCUUGUUUCAGUGUGCAGAAAGGUGGAAAGCGCAUUAUGCCUGCAUCUCGUAUUCCUGAGGGCAAUGCAUCAGCAACCCAGCCAAAUGGACCUCAACCUGUUGGCCUAACCAAUCAAGCUACAGCGCUAGCUCCGUCACUUCUAGCUCCCCCAUCUUCACCAGCCUCAUUUACAAAUUCUGCUCUCCCAUCAACUGCUCAGUCUCCUAGCUGCUUCCUUUCUGCUAAUUCACCUGGGGGUCCUUCAUCCACAAUGUUUGCCACUGGCCCUUAUGCUCAUGAAACCCAACUGGUUUCUCCUCCUGUCUUCUCAACCUUCACAACAGAGCCAUCUUCUGCUCCUCUUACACCCCCACCAGAGCUGGCUCACUUAACUACACCCUCUUCCCCAGAUGUUCCUUUUGCUCAAUUCCUUACAUCAUCUAGGGAUCUCAAAAGUGCUGAAAAGAACAAUUACAUUGUUGCAUCUGAUCUUCAAGCAACAUAUUCACUCUAUCCUGGAAGUCCUGCAAGCAGUCUCAGAUCACCAGUUUCUAGGACUUCAGGUGACUGUUUGUCAGCAUCUUUUCCCGAACGAGAUUUCCCCACUCACUGGGAUCCGUCAGUUUCUCCCCAAAAUGGAAAAUAUUCAAGGAAUGGAUCUGGCAGGCAUUUUGGGCCCGAGACUGCCGGUGCCUCCAUGGUGUCGCAAGAUUCAAAUUUCUUCUGUCCUGCUACAUUUGCACAAUUCUACCUGGACCAUAACCCCCCAUUUCCUAAUACUGGUGGGAGAUUAAGUGUUUCCAAGGAUUCGGACGCUUAUCCUGCUAGUGGAAAUGGACACCAGAACAGGCAUAAUAAAAGUACCAAGCAAGAUGCUGAAGAAUUAGAAGCUUACAGAGCAUCCUUUGGGUUCAGUGCUGAUGAGAUUAUCACUACUCCUCAAUAUGUAGAGAUUUCUGAUGUAACGGAGGACUCAUUUAGCAUGACUCCUUUUACUUCAACCAAACCUACAAUGGAAGAAAGUGUGGAAGCCUCGUCUCCAGAUGAGGGCCAAAAAGCACAUGCAAACUAUGAAGAUCCUAAAUCAAGACGGCAACCUGGGAACAUAUCUGGAUCAAGAACACCCGGCAACCAUGUUGUGACUGAUGAUGACAUAUUCUCAAAGAUGGCAUCAUCGAAAAUUAGCAGGAAAUAUCAUUUGGGAUUAUCGACCUCUGAUGCAGAAAUUGACUACAGAAGGGGAAGAAGCUUAAGAGAAGGCAAGGGAGAUUUUGCAUGGCAUGAUUAGAGUAGAAAAAAGCAAGCUGCCAUUUGUUUUCCAUGUGUAUUAAAUUGAAGGUUUCUUUGUCAUACUCCUCUGUUUGCGUUCCUGUGACAGGUGGCAUGAUCUAACCUGUGAUCUAACCUGUUCUGUCUUUCCUGCUGCUCUUUCAGGUGUGUGGCCUGGUAUCUCUGAUUGAUGAGUGUAUUGCUUUUGUUCCUAAAAUUCCACUUCUCUAUAAGUUA